GGAGGAGGUGGUGUGUAUGUGGGAGCAGGACCAAAGACUCUGCAGUGUCUUGGCAGCUGCAUUUACACUGUAGUGCAUCUCCCACCGCCCGUGAUGCCUUCACGGCCAAAGAUCUUCCUCCUCCCCCGCGUCCACUUGUGAAGACGCGGAGAUGAACUCGCCCGCAAACUGAGCCGGACACCCGGACCUCGUCCCCUCCUCCUCCUCCUUGCUCGCUUCCUCCCUUUUGCUUCUUCCUCGCAUCCCCUCAUCCAGCCGUCACUUGAAUGGAAGAUGGCGAGGGGCGAGAGGCGUUUCAGCGACGUGCGCUUGGUAUCUCUGCAGAUCAUCUUGAUGCUCGGCGGCGCGGCGUGGCCUGGUUCCGAGGGACUCACCUUCCCACAGCAGUACACGAUAAUUCACUGGGCGAGGCGCAUCGAGCAGGAGAUUGACAGAGUCUUUCAGCACAUCAGUGGAGCUCAGCAGCUGAAAGGGAUAUACAAUGAAGAAAGAAGACGCUUUAGUCUGGUAAAGAAUCAGCCUCGAAAGAUAGUGGAGAAGGUGGCUUCAGAUAUCGAGAAACUUCUGGCUAAGAAGCGCAAAGCUCUCGAAAGGUUAGCCAGUGAGGCUGAACGGCUCCAGCUAGAGCAUCCCUGGCAGGAUGGCAUCAAGGAGCUGGACAUGGCUUAUUAUGACUCCAAGGCAGAGUUGGAUCAUUAUUCCAUGGACGGAGAAACUGAAGUGGAAAAUCCUUCCCACAUCAAACUGGAGUUUGUGUACGACCCCAAUUUCAAAAACAAUGUCAACUAUUCCUACACAGCUGUUCAGAUUCCCACAGACAUUUAUAAAGGAGCGCCAGUCAUUCUGAAUGAGCUCAACUGGACCCAAGCACUGGAGAAAGUGUUCAUGGAGAACAGUCGGGAGGAUCCGUCACUACUGUGGCAAGCGUUCGGGAGCGCCACCGGGGUGACGCGCUACUACCCUGCCACCCCAUGGAAAGCCCCUGAUAAAAUUGACCUGUAUGAUGUCAGGAGGAGACCCUGGUACAUCCAAGGUGCUUCCUCCCCCAAAGAUAUGGUCAUUCUCGUCGAUGUGAGCGGCAGUGUCAGUGGACUCACACUUAAACUGAUCAAGGCGUCAGUGAUGGAGAUGCUGGACACGCUGUCUGAUGAUGACUACGUCAACGUGGCCCGGUUCAGCGACAAGGCAGAGGCAGUGGUUCCUUGCUUCAAACAUCUCGUCCAGGCCAACGUGCGCAACAAGAAGAUCUUUAAAGAAGCAGUGCAGCAGAUGCAGGCCAAGGGCACCACUGAAUACAAAUCUGGAUUUCAUUUUGCCUUCAAUCAGCUGUUAAAUAAAACAAAUGUCCCACGGGCCAACUGCAAUAAAAUCAUCAUGCUUUUCACCGAUGGAGGCGAGGACCGAGCUCAAGAUGUCUUCAUGCAGUACAAUUGGCCCAACAAAACGGUUCGAGUAUUCACCUUUUCAGUGGGCCAGCACAACUAUGAUGUCACACCCUUACAGUGGAUCGCAUGCACCAAUAAAGGUUACUAUUUUGAGAUCCGUUCCCUGUGCGCCAUAAGGAUUAACACGCAGGAGUACCUGGAUGUGUUGGGACGCCCCAUGGUUCUUGCAGGCGACGAGGCCAAGCAGGUCCAGUGGACCAAUGUGUAUCAGGAUGCUUUGGGUCUUGGGAUGGUAGUAACUGGGACUUUGCCUGUAUUUAAUCUCACUAUGAAUGGAAAACUACAGAACCAGCUGAUUUUAGGCGUCAUGGGAGUGGACGUGCAUCUCGAUGAGAUUAAGCGCCUGACGCCACAAUACAGUCUCGGGGCCAACGGUUACAUAUUUGCAAUUGACCCAAAUGGAUAUCUUCUUCUUCAUCCCAAUCUACAGCCCAAGCUGGUGCAUCUCCCAGAACCUGUGACACUGGACUUCUUGGAUGCAGAAGUGGAGGACAGCAAUAAAGAGGAGAUCCGGCGACAGAUGAUUGACGGACGACCAGGUGACAUGCAGAUCAAAACUCUUGUGCAGUCAGUUGAUGAGCAAUACAUUGAUGAGGUGUACAGAGGUUACACCUGGACCCCUGUCAAUGGCACAGAUUACAGUCUGGGGCUGGUGCUACCUCCCUACAAUGAGUACUACAUUCAGGCAGACCUCAGUGAUGUGAUGCUUCAGCUUCAGUACAUGCAGUCAUUACUGCCAAGCUCCUUUGAAUCUUCGGGACACGUCUUUCUCGCGCCAAGAGAAUACUGCACGCGUCUGCAGCUUUCGGACAACAACACGCAAUUUUUGCAGAACUUCCUCUCCCUCAUGCUGGAAAUAUCUCCUGAAUCAGAUGAGUGUGACCAAGGGCUCAUACACAACCUGAUACUUGACUCGAGGAUUAUCGGACAGCUAGCCUCACGCGUUUGGAAGAACAAGGAUCUUAAUUCGUACGGCUUCUUGGCUGUGUUUGCAUCCACCGAUGGAGGCAUAACACGAGUGUUCCCCAAUUUAGCUGCAGAGUUGUGGGAUGAGGACCCUGAACCCUUCAAUUCAAACUACUACCGAAGGAGCCUUGACAACAAAGGUUACCUGUUCCGAGCUCCGCCUAGAGAAUCUUUGGAUGACAUGUUAGGACCAGAAAAUGGCACAGUUGGAAUCCUGGUUAGUUCAGCUGUGGAGGUGAAUUUAGGAGGCAAACUUCUCAAACCUGCAGUGGUGGGAGUGAAGCUGGAUCUGGAAGCGUGGGUGGACAAGUUCAAGAUCCUGGCCAGCAACGUGUCAGACAGCCGACAAGGCUCACACAAGUGCGGACCAUCCAGGAGCUGUGAGAUGGACUGUGAGGUCAACACCGACGACCUCCUGUGCUACCUCAUUGAUGACGGUGGCUUCCUGGUUAUGUCCAAUCAAAGAGAUCACUGGAAAAAGAUCGGACUCUUUUUCGGAGAUGUGGACCCAUACUUGAUGCACGCCCUCUACAACAACUCCAUCUUCAACCGACGACAGAAUUUUCACUUCCAGUCAGCAUGCGAGCCAGUCAGCAGCAGCCACACUGGUGCAGCGCCUAGACGCUUCUUUGUGCCGUCCAUCGCCGACAUCCUCAGCUUGGCUUGGUGGACGUCCACGGUGGCCUGGUCUUUGAUUCAGCAGCUACUGUAUGGACUGGUACACAUCAGCUGGCUCCAACAAGAUGACAUCUUCGUAGAAGGCUUUGAAAUCAAGACGAGCAGCUGUGUGACCAUCCAAAGCCAGUUCUUCUUCAGCAACACCACCAACUCGUACAACGUGCUGCAGGACUGCGGCAACUGCUCGCGGCUGUUCCACACCAAGCGGAUAGAAAACACCAACCUCCUCUUUGUGGUCGCCGAGACGCUCCCCUGCAGCUCCUGUGAGAUAGAGAGGCUGAGCCAAGUCAGGACGGAGUUCCAGGAAGAAAAUCCUUGUGAGGUACUGAGCAACGCACGAUAUCGGAGAGGUCCGACGACCUGCCUUGACUUCAGUGCCUUAGAAAAUACUUCCGAGUGCGGACGGGCACAGUUUGUGCAGCCCUACGUGGGGGUCCUUCUUGUUCUUCAGCUCAUUCUGCCUUUCUUCCACCGCUGACACGUGCCGCCGUUCACUUCCAUGUCGACUCAAGGCCAUGCGAAGGACUCGUGGAGGUUGCAGUGGACAAACGACACUGGAUUGCUCCUCAAGAACAAACGAGACUUUCCAUUCAAGAGCACAGAACAAGCAUGUGGCCACCUGAUGGAAAAAUGUUUGUUGAGACGUGACCCUGUGGUUGGGCCUCAAAUCAAAGCACAGGUUUUGUGGCUUUUCGUACAUUUCUACCACGUCGCGCACAAUUUCUCCAGUUUCCCGUCUUUUCUGCCACGAGUGACUGAAACAAGUGAAUGUUUAGGAUGUUUAUGUACGCGCCGUUCGCCUACUCUUGUGCAUCUUUACUGUCCCUCAGCAUGGUCGGGAGAGGUUUGCCGGAAACAUUGCUUUAAAAAAAAAAAAAAGAAAUAAAAACUGCUUUUACCCCCUCGGCUUUGAACUUAGGUCUUAAAACAACACUGCUGUAUAUUGAGCAAAAGUGUUGAUAAGCCACAAAGUAUUAAAGUCAGUGUUGUCGUUUUGUUUUCAAGGACCACAAUUUAUUUGCAUGAUGUUUUGGAACACUUGAAACACGUUUUGUGUACAUAUUUGACUGGAUAUGAAACAUUCCGUUUGGGUACAUCUUGUGGAAAUAAAUGAGGAACAAAGUUUGACUUCAGUGAAGCCAAUAUCGCACUUAUGUAUUUAUUUCUUUAUGCUGGGAGGUUGAAGCACAAAAGGUGCAGCUGGUAAACAAACUGCCUGAUUACAUGUCAUUUAUUUAGGAAAAAAGUAAAAAAUAAUCAAAUAAAAGAAUGCAGGGGCAUGUAAAGGAUCUUAAGGAAUUUGCUGAUGAAAUUAAUGUAUUUGUUGCUUAUCUAAUUUAAAAUAUGUAUUUAUUUUAUCUAUGUAUUUAUUUGUAUAUUUGUUUAAGGCAGAAAUGUAUUGAAUGUUACAACGCUUACGCGGGCACAACAAGCGAUUCACAAAAAGAUCCAGAGUUAAAAAUUACAAUAUAUUGUCUGUUUGUCUUUGUCUAUGAAAGAAUGUUUCAAUGUUUUUUGCACUAACUUUGCUCUUCAUUUGGCUUCCAUUGUCGUCGACGGGGGAUAGUUGUUCCGCUCUUUGUGCCGGCCUCCCAUCAUGCCCACCUCAUUUUUGUAUGCAAAGCAAUCUUCAGAAUACAACAAGCUUAACUUUGUAAACAUUUUGUCAGUCACAUUACAAAUUGAUAUUUCAAUGUUUAUAUCUUUGGUGAUUAAAUGCUGUUGAUAUUU